AUGGCGGACCUGAUGGACCAGGUUCAGGCUCUGCUUGUUAGCUUCAGCGGCGAGUUGCUACUCUUCGGUGGAGCCUUCCUUCUUCAAUUCUUCCUGUUCGGCAACGUUCUGUGGCCUUGGCGCAAGCACGGCAAGGGAAAGGCGGGCAAGACCAAGGAGGACGGGACGAAGUUGAAUCACUCCCGUCUCGUGGAGGCCACCACAGAGGCAUACGAGCAGGGGGACCACCGCACUGUCUUGAGAAAAUGGGGUCUGCUCCAGCGUACUGGAGAGGUCCCAGCCGCUACACUGGUGCAGGUGGUGGAAUCGAUGCAGCGCCUGCGCAAGGACCGUUCCUUCAUCCUCCAAGAGGUGAAAGGUCUCGUGCUGAAAAGUGAGGCUUCGCAGAAUGUGGACUUCAUGAACGAGCUGCUGAUGCCGAUGAUGAAGUCUUUGGAUGCCGGCCUCGUCAACCAGCUGCUGAGCGUUUUUGCCCGCGUUGGCGUGAAUCCAGACAGCAGGACCUAUGAAAUCUUGAUGAACCUGCACUUUGCCACCAGGAGCUUCGAUGAGGUCCGGGAUCUGGCUUCGAAGAUGCGCAAGGAGGGGUUGAAGCCCACUCAGCGCUCCACCCUGGUCCUGCUGAAGACCGCCCUUCAGGAGGGUACGCUUCGCGAUGCCCUGGAGUGCUACAUCCAGGUCCCACCCGACACUUUGCCCAAGCACGUCGGCACUCAGCUGGUCGAAACGGCCUGCAGAGAGAGGAACGUCGCUGAAGUGAUGCCGCACCUGGAAUCUGGGCGCAUCCCGCUGACGGUGGAUUCCUUGAACCUGCUGCUAAAUGAGUCGCUGCGCAUCGAGAAUUCCAAGCUGGCAAAGCAGGCUCUGCAGCUCGCGGGCAGCCAGGGCUUGGAGAAGAACGGACGCACAUACAGCCUCCUCAUUCGUGCAGCUGGGGGCGACACGCAGGAGAUUCGCCGCAUUCUCGAAGAGCUGAGUUCCAUGGACAAUGUCGUGUUCCAAGCUGUGCUCGACGCGUGCGCAAAGACCGGUGACGUGGGCUUAGCAGAAACCCUCGCCAAGCGCUUAAACCCGGCCGAAGCCGGCCAGGCUCCGGCUUUCAUGUCCCUGAUCCGCUUCUACGCGGAGGCCGGGGAGCCGGCCCGAGCCUGCGACGUCUAUGGAGGCCUGAUGCAGAAGGGCGCAGAUGGACAGCCGCAUCGGCCCACUAUUGAUGCGCGCACGAAGCAUUGCCUCCUCUCGGCGGCGCAGAGCUGCGAGCGCCAGGAUCUCCUUGAUGAGUUGGUCGAUGCAGCGGACGCAUCGCAAGGCACUGUGUUCCCUCGUUUCAAAGACGGCAAGAGUGGCAGCAUUGACGGUGUUCUCAGCAUGCUCGAGGGCCCGACGAAGCUGCCGUCAACGGCCUGGAACAUCGCUCUGGACACCUGCGUGGAGUUUGGCGAGCUAGAGAAGGCCAAGCACCUGGCAAAAAGGAUGAAAGAAGCUGGCGUGAUCGACGUCGUAUCCUACAACACCUUGUUGAAGGCCUACGUGCGCCACAGCCUCUUCGACCAAGCCUGCUCUCUACUGAUGAGCAUGCGCCAGGAUGAGGUGCAUCGACCGAAUGCCGUGACUUACCACGAGCUGAUCAGCGGCCUCCUUAAGACCAACAAAGAGAUCCACAGGACCCGAGCCUGGGAGUUGGUCUCGGAGAUGCAGGCAGACCAGGUCGUUCCAAACAAGUUGCUCGUGGCCAACUUGCUGCGCAGCCUAAGGCCGAAAUCCUACGGCGCCGAGGUCACCCGGGCGAUGCAGCUGGUGGAUGCCGUCCAGCAUCAGGUGGACGAAGGCCUUCUCUGCACCGUUCUGGAAGCCGGUGUCCGUGUGGGCAAGGUCCAGGUGGUCCAGAAGAAGUUGAAGACCUUCUAUGGAGAGGGGGCGGAGUUCCCCGUGAAGGUGACCGGGGCCCAUUCCUUUGGCUCCCUCAUCAAGGCCUAUGGCUUUGUGAAGGAUGUGGCUGGUGCUUGGGCUUGCUGGCGCGAGAUGUCCAUGCUGCGUAUUCAGCCCACGAACAUCACCCUCGGCUGCAUGGUGGAGGCUGUGGCGAGCAACGGCGACGUCGAUGGAGCCCACGAGCUCGUCCAGAGGCUCUUGGAAGAUCCGGAGACGAAGUCGCAGGUCAACGCCGUCAUUUACGGGUCCAUCCUGAAGGGCUUCAGCCGCAAGAAGCGCAUGGACCGCGUCUGGGAUGCUUUCAACGAGAUGCAGGUGUACGGAAUUACACCGACACUCAUGAGCUUCAACGCAAUCCUUGAUGGCUGCGUGCGCAACGACGAGGUCGACAAGAUUGGUGGCUUACUCACCACCAUGCAGCAGUAUGGCUUCAAGCCGAACCUCAUCACAUACAGCACGUUGAUCAAGGGCUACUGCGCCGCUGGAGACAUGCAAAGUGCCUUUGAGGUCUUUCGGGACCUCCGCUCCGGCUCGGAGGCUCCCGACGAGGUCGUGUACAACACCCUCCUUGACGGCUGUUUACAAGCUGGCCUGGCCGAUGAAGGGGAGAACCUGGUGGAGACCAUGAUGGAUCAGGGAUUGGCUCCCAGCGUCUACACCCUGAGCUCGCUGGUGAAGAUCCUGGCUGGUGCCAAGAGGUUGGAUCGUGCCUUCAAGGUCUGCGAGCAUGCCUCUUCCCGCUUUCGCUUCCGCUUGAAUGCCCAGCUCCAAACAGCUCUGCUCCAGGCCUGCAUCACCUGCAAGGCCUACGACCGUGGAGCUCGCUUCUACUUGAAAACACACAAGGACCGCCUAUCUGCAGACAAGAAGAUCUGCCAGUCGCUGAUCCGUGGUCUCGUCUACACAGGGAAGGUGGAGCUGGCAGCGGAUUUGCUCCGUGCCAUGCUUGGGAUUAGUGGAGCCUCCGAGGCUGCAAGCCAGCAUCGAGCAGCGCAGGACUUCGAUCAGGCUCUAUCUGUGGAAGUUCUCAAAGCCAUGGCAGAGGCCAAAGGCUACCAUUCGGGACAAGCUAUGAGCCUCUUCCAAGAUCUGAAGGCUGUAAAGCCGGAUUUGGAGCUCGACUACGACCUGCAGCUGAGGAUGGAAUCUCGAGGUACCAAGAUCUCCAAGCCUUACCGUUGA